AAACAGCGAGCUUAGACAUGGCGAGUAGGGAUAAAAUCAAAGCCCAGGGAAAGACCUCUGAAAUGGACAGCGAAGAGAAAAAAACGAAUUUAGAUAGCAAUUCUGUGGACAAUGUAAAGCACUUCCUAUUGUCUUCCCAAGUCAGCAUGCUGCUGAAAUUAGGAACUGAAGAAGUACAUAAAAAAAUGCAGGAGAUUCUCCAGAUAUAUAAUCCUCAUACUUGUUUAAAGGAGGCAGCUUUAUUAGAUUACUAUGUCUCAGGAUUCAUGUGGGCUAAAGAAGUUAACCUUCCAAGCCAGAAGAUAUCAAAUUUCAUGACAAUCCUUCACAUGCUGUUGGAUAAUAUCAAAAACAAGCACAUGUCUCUUGUUGAUAAUAUAAAAGAACUUGCAAAUGCAUUGAAGGGUACAGAAAACUCCAUCUCCACAAGUUAUGAACUUGUUGAAAUCUAUACUGUGGAAGAAGCAGUGUAUAUUGUUGACUUCUUUAAAUACAGUUUAUUUCAGCAUUAUAGAUUAUACGAAUUUCUCUUUCAUCAUCCAAGAAAGGAGAUGGUUUUCAGCAGUGAAGAAAAUAUUGAGACAUUCAAAAUACCUCAUUCUCUAUACCCUCUCCCACUUGAGGAAGGCAUGUCUCAGGAUAAAUGUGAUUUGCUUCAAGGUGUUGAAGAAGAAGACCAACUAGCAGAUGAGGAGAGAUAAAUGAGACCCUUCAACUGCAGGAAGAGAUCUACACAGCAAGAACAGUGUGUCUUAUCAAAUAUGGAGACUUUUCUCAGUUUGGAUACUGUACUCGAUGACUUUUGUGACAUUAUUUCCACUAUGUAACUAAGGUUCUUUAGGUUUCAUUGCAGUUUUGCUAAAAUACAUACAACAAAAUGAACAAGUAUUUUCAAGUAUUUGAUUUUACUGCU